AUGGAGCAAGCAAGGUAUUGGAUGUGGGGGAAGAGAAAAAGUGAUUUGAGUUCACAUGAUUUUGCAUCAUAUGGAGAUUCUUGGGAAGAAAAAGCCUUUGCAGAAGAUGCGGCUAGAGCUCUUGGAGGGUGUACAUGGCCUCCAAGAUCUUAUUCUUGCAGUUUCUGUAGAAGAGAGUUCAGGUCGGCUCAAGCCCUAGGGGGUCAUAUGAAUGUUCACAGGAGGGAUAGAGCCAGAUUGAAGCAGUCCUCAAUUCCACAAGAUGAAGAUCUUCCUCAUAAUAAUGUUGCUCUUCAAUUUCCAUCUCAAAUAUGUACCUUUCUGUACAACCCUAGUUCUGAUUUUUCUGAUCCUGAAGUCUUAGCUUCGCCUUCUUCACAUAUUAGGGUUUCAGCUCCACCUAGGAAGGCGAAUUCUGAUGAAGAGAUACCCGUCCUUCGUUUCUUUUCUAAAAGACUAGAAGACUAUCAGAAGCAUAUCGUUUCGUCCACUCCUGCAUCCUGGCCUAGCUUAAUAGCAGAGAAGGGUACUCAUGUUUUGGAUUUGUACAAUGAAGAGAGAAAAUCUAACACUUUGGAGCCAAAUAUUCCGGUUAAAGAUUGUGCAACAGAUGAUUUGGCUGUUUAUCGAACUCAAAUGAACGAAUCCAGUAGUGAUGAGGAAGUUGCAGGUUGCAAGAGAAGGAGAAUCGAUUUGAGGCCGUUAACGUUUUUACAAAAAUCAAGUCCUGUUGAGAGAUGUCAUCCCCAAUUGGAAGUUCUUGAAGUGCGUUCUAGCACUAUAGAGGAAUUGGAUCUCGAACUUAGGCUUGGCGAUGCACCAAAGGUGAAGUAA